AUGGCGAUGAAUAGCAACAUUACUGCCAAGAAACUCUCCAAGACACACAAGUUUAAAGGCACGGGAGGUGUUCCACGGUAUCUUGCAGCUUCUGUCCAAAGUCUUGAUAUCCCGACUGCGGAUAUCGAAAACCACAUCCUGGCAACAAAAACCCUCGGCGUUGAAAGGAAUAUGUUUGCCAUAACCAAACGGGAGCGCUGGCGACAACAAAAUGUCAACAUGGCGUUUUCUGAACUGAGAAAACUUCUACCUACGUACCCACCUGACAAAAAGCUCUCCAAAGUUGAUAUUUUAAGAAGCAGCAUCAGGUAUAUAAGGUUUUUGGAUAGUGUAUUGCAAGAAAUGGAUGGAAUAAAGGAAAGGGAAAAUAGCACAGAGGCCAACAGCGCUGAGGAAAUAAAUUCCUCUUGUCAUGAAAGUGGGGAUGGAAUGAUUUCGUCCGAAAAUGAAAGUUGUUCUUUUGGAACAAGGCCUCACUGCUGCUUUGGCAAAGAAAAUUCAUAA